AUAGACUUUGUUCAUUUUCAGUUUUUUCGUUGUAUGAGUUUACGUAUGGAUACCUACGCACUGAAGGCAGUGACCGACUUACCGGCUCCUUUUCGCUCAGCUUUUAGUUUCAGGUACUUCAACUCGUUGCAGAGUGAAUGCUUUUCCACUUGCUACCUUUCGGAUGUAAACAUGGUUAUUUCAGCACCAACCGGGAGUGGAAAAACCGUACUAUUUGAGUUAUGCAUUAUGAGGCUCUUCUCCAAGUUCAUCACGGGUGAUGGAAGAUUCACCCAUCAUAAGGGGACUCUUAAAACAAUCUACAUCGCGCCUUCAAAGGCCUUGGUACAAGAGAAGCUCCGGGAUUGGACUAAGAAGCUUGGAUCGCUAGGAAUAAACUGCCUCGAGCUAACGGGUGAUAAUGAGUACUACACUAUCAAGAGUAUACAAGAUGCUGACAUUAUUCUUACAACACCUGAGAAGUUUGAUGCUGUGACUCGUUAUCGCAUAAAAGAUGGAGGCUUGAGCUUCUUCAGUGAUAUUUCUUUGGUGCUUAUUGAUGAAGUUCAUUUGCUCAACGAUCCUCGAGGAGCGGCACUAGAAGCAAUAGUCAGCAGAAUUAAAAUGCUUUCUCGCAAUCCUGAAAUGCAAUCAUGUGCUUUAUCCCUUGUUCGUUUCCUAGCUGUUUCUGCUACUAUCCCAAAUAUCAAUGACCUGGCGGAGUGGCUAAUGGCUCCACCUCAGGGGAUUAAAAGAUUCGGAGAAGAAAUGAGACCUGUAAAGUUGACUACUAAAGUUUUUGGGUACACACCAGCAAAAAAUGACUUCUUAUUUGAAAAGCGUCUUCAGAACUACAUUUUUGACCUUCUCACACAAUUUUCUGGAGGAAAAUCUGCCUUGAUCUUUUGUUCGACCAGAAAAGGAGCACAAGAAGCAGCACAACGACUCACUCAGAUUGCAAUGACUUUUGGUCAUUCAAGCCCUUUCAUCAAAAGCAGAGAACAGCAGGAAAGGUUAAGGGAAGCGUCAUUAUCAUGUGGCGACAAACAAAUGCAGUCUUACAUAAUUUAUGGAGUUGGAUAUCAUAAUGGCGGGCUUUCUAUGAAGGAUCGCAACCUCAUUGAAGGCCUUUUUCUGAAUGGCGAUCUUCAAAUAUUGUGCACCACAAAUACUCUUGCACACGGAAUUAAUCUACCGGCGCAUACUGUCGUCAUCAAGUCAACACAAUAUUUCAACAAGGAGAAAGGAAUCUACAUGGAAUAUGAGCGAUCUAUGGUAUUACAGAUGUGUGGAAGAGCAGGUCGUCCUCCAUUUGAUGACACGGGGAUGGUCAUAAUUAUGACCAGAAGAGAAACAGUCCAUUUGUAUGAGAAUUUAUUAAGUGGAUGUGAAAUGGUGGAAUCACAAUUGCUUCCAUGCGUUACAGAACACCUUACUGCAGAGAUAGUUCAAUCAACUGUCUCAGAUAUAACUAGGGCGAUUGAAUGGAUGAAAUGUUCAUACUUGUAUGUGAGAAUGAAAAAGAAUCCCGAACACUAUUCAAUUGCGAAAGGGCUGUCGAGUGAUCGAAUAGAGAAACAUUUGCAAGAGAUCUGUGUACAUAAAGUAAACGAAUUGUCGCAAUAUCAGAUGGUCUGGACUGAUGAAGAUGGUUUCUUCUUGAAGCCACUUGAGCCAGGAAACUUGAUGACGAAGUACUAUCUGAAGUUUGACACAAUGAAGCACAUUAUACAAGCCCCUGAAAACUGCAGCAUGGAAGAGACACUUCAUAUUAUAUGUCGGGCAGAAGAAAUUGCAUGGAUACAGCUGAGACGGAAUGAAAAGAAGUUCCUAAAUGACAUAAAUAAUGAAAAAGAUGGCCGGCUUCGCUUUCACGUCCUUGAUGAUAAAGGAAAGCGGAAAAAGCGCAUCCAAACUAGAGAAGAUAAAAUAUUUGUUCUGGUGAAUGACUGCUUGACUGGGGAUCCUUUAGUGCAUGACUUAUCCAUGAGCCAGGACACGAAUUCCAUAUGCUCAAAUGGGUCUAGAAUUGCGAAGUGCAUGAAAGAGUAUUUCAUGUAUAAGAAGAGCUACAAAGGAGCUUUGAAUGCAACACUACUAGCCAACUGUUUACAUCAGAAGUUAUGGGAUAAUAGCCCAUACUUGCUAAAACAAUUACCAGGCAUCGGAAUGGUGACCGCAAAGGCACUGCAUUCGAUGGGGGUAACAUCAUUUGAGACCCUCUCUGAAGCUGAUCCAAGAAAGAUAGAGUUGGUGACGGGUAGAAAAUAUCCGUUUGGGAACCAUAUCAAGGAGUCGUUGCUUUCGCUACCCCCAAAAGUUAAGAUGGUAAUUGAGGAAACUGAGGGACAACGGAUGGGGAAGUCUAAGCUACUGAUAACGUUAACUAGGUUAUCAGAGCCGGUGCAGUUAACUAAAAGACAUUAUGCUGAUAUGAUGGUCGGUGUAGAAGAAGAUAACCUCAUUCUGUUUAAAGAAAAAAUAAGAUUGGAGGAUUUCUCAAGCCCUUAUCAUGCAACAGUGUUAUUUUCAAGCCCUCAGCAGGGAAAGCUGACAAUUAAGGCACAUCUGAUAUUUGAAGAAAUGAUUGGAAUGGAUCUCUGUCAUAAAGUUAUCGUCACACCACCAAUCGACUUAAACGUCAUUCACAAAUAUAGACCGAAGGAGCUCCCCUCCUUUAAUCCGAAGGAUGUUAUCAAGAAAAAUGAUAACGAUGUUAUUUCUGUUCCACCUUCCGAAGAAUAUCAGUACAACGACUUGAUAGAGAAGUCAAUUUCCAUGCCCAGCUUCAAACUUAUUGAUGAAGAUUCGGAAGAUGACAAACCUGUUGUCGAGACUGAAGAUGAUGAUGACUGCAGAAUUAUAACUGAAAGGACAGUGUUUGACCACAUUCGGAAAAAGUCAAAGACAUUACCCGUUCUGCCCACGUCCAAAGAUACGCAUUCCCCAUCAUUAGAGGACUUCACACUCAUCAGACAACGCACUCGCGAGAGGCAUCUCGAACUCGAUAACAUGGACAUUAUGGAAGUACAGCAGAGCAGUAAAAUUCGACGAACCAGGAUGGCUACUCAAUACCCUGAAAUUACAGAUCCAAAACGAAAGAUACACAUUAUUGACGAAGAUGGUCCGACAGAGAUACCUAAGAGCUCUAAUGACUACUCUUAUCUCACGAAUGACGCAGAAUUAUUCGCAGGAGAUGAGUUUUUUGAAGAAAUGUGGGGCGGAGAAGGCGUUAAACAAGUUACUGAGCAUCAGAAUAUUGAAUCAGGAAAAUUGUCCGAAGAAACAAUUUUCGAACAUGUAAGGAAAAAGGGUAGGAAUUUCCCGGCUGAUUCCACAGAAUCAAGUUUGGAUUGUCGUAUCUCUCACACGCAAAGGAAGGGGCCGUCGGUUCGUAUAUCCAUGGCGAAGAACGACAUCACCUCUGGUGAAAGUGAUGUCACUAAGCUGUUCUCUUCUCCAAGUUCGGAGAAAAGACAGUUUUGUUCACUGGGAAUGGCAGGAGAGGUUAAGAAAGAGAAUGCGUUUCUUGGUUUUCAGAGUGUGUUUUCGUUUCUUUAAAAAAUUCGAUGCAUUGGGAUACAUGCAACUGUGUUUUUAUUCGAAGUCUGCAUGGUUGUGUUAGUAUCUCUUUUAUUUCAAAUAAAUUGAGUUAUAGACUUUGGUUUAUUAGGGAAGAUACUGCAUGAAUUAAACAAGAUUUUGUCUGUCCAUAGUACUGCCAUCUUUUAUUUGUUUUACUUUCCAUGUGUUUCUU